AUUUUCUGUUUAACAUUGAACAUUAAAACAUGAUUAAUGAAACGUUUGAGUUACAAAACGAACCAUAUUCUAUAAAAUUAUUUGUAAGUCCCGAUGAAGAUCAAAUACAAAUGAGUGAAACCGAAUCGGAGAGACAGGCAGAAAUAAGUAAAAAUGUCGAAAAUUUACGAUUGGGAUUACCCAGAAGACUUAGUUCUAGUUGCCCGACUUUAAGUAUCAUACAGAAAGCAAGAAGAAAUUCAUUCAUUUCCGAAAAUACUUCAAAUUUAUACGCAAGUGGAACCAACGUCACAGCUAUAAGCAUGUCUAAAAUUGAAAAAUCAGUUUUGUUAAGAGAAAAUUUGUGUUUCAUAUUAAGUUGCAUCUAUGCAGUGUUUUUAGUUAUGCUUGGAGCGGUCAUUUAUGUUAUUGAUCAAGAAGAAGACGAGCAAGUAAUUAGUCAAUAUUUCAGUUGUUUCAUUUCAUUGGUUGGAUUGUCCUGGCUGAUAUUUCUUCACGUGGAUUUGACACGAUAUAAAUAUAGUAUCGAGAAGAGAUUUCACGAAGAAUCGAAUCAAGAAUUUGAUAGAAUCAGUACCAUAACCGAAGUGGUUGUGAAUAGAACAUUAGUUUCUGAAACGGAUUUAGAAAAUGCACCUUAUCGGUUUUUAACCGGAAGACAUAGCGGAAGUUUCUACUUGAAGAUAGGAACAGCUGCUUUUUGUUUUGGACAUUUAAUUCACGAAGGAUUGCUGUUUGGUCAACACGUAUUCAAUUUUAUCCACCACGAAAAGAAGCAAUAUCACUGUUCUAAUCCGUCGAACAUACUUUUACAUAUUAUAAGACCCACAUUUUCAUUUUAUCAGCUUUUCAUUACUUUCAAAUAUUCUAAUAUUAUCAUCAAUCGUUUUAAAGCACUUGCAAGAUUUGGACAAAUGCAUUUGAUUGCAACCUGUAUAUGUUUUUGGUUGAACACAAUUAUUCAAGAAGCAUUAUCUGAUUACGAGCAUAGGGUGUAUAAUAAUAUUACUACAUUCGAAUAUUUCAAUAUUGGAGCAUUUACUUUAAUAAUACAUCAGAACAAUACUUUAACAAAAUCACAUUACUGUCGAUCGGAUUCAGUUCUUUCGACCAGAUCUCUUAAAGCAGUGCCUUAUCUGUACCCAUUCACUAUAGAAUAUAAUCUUAUUUUGGCCGGAGUAUGGUUUAUUGUAUGGCAACAUAUUGGAAAUAUUCAUUAUUCUGCACAUCCUUGUCAUUUCAGACCAAAGGUAACUAACAAUCAAGAAGGCUCAGAAGUUGAGUAUCAAAGUAACUUGACGGUAAAUGCUGACUGCCACGCUUCCAACAAAGGUUUAUUCGCUGGUUUAUGUUUAUUAUUGAUCACGAUCCUCACUGUGAUUAUUUUCUUCGUAGCAAUUACUAGUGUAGAAUAUCACGAUUUGGGUGUCCUGCUUCAUACUAUUCAAGAAUCCGUCUUGACGUGUUUUUGUUUCAUAGCUGUAGUGAUAGCUUUUAUACAGAUUUCUCAGCUAGAUAUCAAUCGAGAUCCUAUAACAUUUCUUGACGAUGUUCUUUUAUUUGUUCCUUUGCCGUUCUUUUUUGUACACGGUUUUCUCUCUUUAAUGGCUGCUUGGGAGAUGAAGGACCAUCACAGAGUUGCUCUCUACGUAGUUCUUAUACUUCAAGUUAUCGUGCAAACUACUUUUAUCAUUGAUGGAUUGAGAAGAUGUAGCAAUUCAAACGUUUUACGUUUUAAAAAACCCGGCAGAGAAUUGAUUAUCUUUUUGAUUAUAUGUAAUCUAACUAUCUGGGUUGUAAACACAUUUGAAUUGAAAAGUGUCGAACAUUACUACUCUCAAAGAAAAUAUUAUGGGCAUAUAAUUUGGAUGUUUAUAUGCCAUACUACUCUUCCAUUAAUGCUGUUUUACCGUUUUCAUUCAUCCGUAUGUUUAGCUGACAUUUGGAAGUCUGCUUACGAACGAGGAAAAUGAAAACAACUUAAAUCAGAUGGGAUUUUUAGAAGUUUUCGUGUUUAAUUUUAAAAUAUUUAAAAUGAAUGUAAAUGAAUGUAAUUGCAA